GUCGAGGAGAACAUUUUGCAAAUAGGUUGUGGCAGUUGUCAUUUUGCAGUCACCUCAGGUGAACUGAGAAGUGGUUUGGAAGAAUGCAUUGAGUUAUUUGGUCAACAGUGCUGGAAGAAACGCCUUUUUGAUUAGUUUGUAACUGUUGGUUUUGGUGUUUUAAAUGCUGCUAACUGUAUAAUAAAUGGUCUUUUUUUUUAACAGCGGUAUUAUUUGGCAUCAUCUAUUUCUGUAAACUUUUAGCUGAAGAGUAUGAUUGCCCUAUUCUGUACUUCCCGGAGCUGUAUGACAUUUCUGGCGUCCAUUAAUGCUACAGCAAGAAUGUCCUGAGUCCUUGGUCAGUUCCUUAGUGCUCUGUGAAAUAGGAAUGACUUAUUUAAGAACAACAGCAACAAAAAGGCCUUGGUCGCCUCUGCGUGUUCCAUGGAGUUGUAGAAAAAGCUGUGUGGUGGAAAUACUCCAGCACACUACAAGGAGGGAAACAAAUUGAAUUCUUUUUUCCAUGUGCAUUGUACGGGCCUUUCCUCUACUGAAUUCAGUAUACCUAUAGAAGAGGCUGUGCUCGUGCAGGGAGGACGGUCAUAUGGUUGCUGAAAUAAAAGAAACCUCUGUCCUCCCCAUGCUAACUGUUGACAUGGAAAACAAGGAAAAUGGCUCUCUGGAUGUCAAAAAUUCAGUAGAGAAUGGGAGACCUCCAGACCCUGCUGACUGGGCUGUUGUUGAUGUUGUGAAUUACUUCAGAACAGCAGGAUUUGAAGAACAAGCCAACGCUUUUCAAGAACAGGAAAUUGAUGGCAAAUCAUUACUGUUGAUGACAAGAAAUGAUGUACUGACUGGACUUUCAUUAAAACUGGGGCCUGCGCUGAAAAUCUAUGAAUAUCACGUAAAACCUCUACAGACACAACAUCUAAAGAACAACUCUUUAUAGCGAAUUGUCUAAUUGGGGUCAUGUUGUGCCUCAAACAAUAAAUAAGCAAUUUGGUUUCAUGUGAUGGAACUUUGUAAAGAGAGAAUUUAUCUAUUAAGAAUUUAAACCAAAUUACAAUGAUAUAUAUCCUAUUGGAUAGAGUUGGCAAUAUACUAUAUACUAAGUCUGAAUUGAGAGAGGUGGUGUGUAUUUUUUACAUGGUGCAUAACAAUUUUCUCUUUUAGGAUUUGUCAGUGAGCGUGUUGAGAUAGCUACAUCACUGUAUCCAGAACAAGAGGGAAGUGUGGUCAUUCUCAUUUUUGAGCCAGACAUAUUCUUGUUUUCAUGAAUUAGAAUACCAAAAAGAGUAAAAAAGAUAAAGUUUACAUGCAUCUUUGGAAGAGAGAAACGAAUAAAAGUAUGUUCUGGUGUGUACAUUAAAGACCUACUGAAAUUAUUACUAUUUAUAAUUUUGGGAUGGGACUGAGACUUGCCAACUCACCCUUUUUUGCAGAGGGUCCUAUUUUUGACCUUAUUAAGGUUUACUUGUGGUAUGCUGCAAUGUUUAAAGCUGUACAUACAACUAACAUAACCCCUUCGAUAGCAGAAGGUGUUGCUGACAGGUGAAACUGGGUUGUGUAUUUUUUGCUGUCCUUUAAAUUUUCAGCUUGUUUUCACCUGUUUUUAAUAGUAGUUCUAUGUAAAGUAUAGUUGUUUUUUAAAAGUUUGUGUUGCUUUGCAAAACGAAAAACUUCAUUUUAUUCUUUUUUAAUUUAUAAUAACUGUUUUCUAACAUGCAGAAAUUUGUAAAAAGAGUAAAAUUCUGCACAUUUUUAAUAUUAUUGUCUGUCAUGGUGUUGUAAUGGUUGAUUUUUUUGAUGCUUUACUUACGGUUUGAAUACUUGUUUUAAAAAACUGAAAGAAGCUGUCUUGUCACCAUACAUCUCUGUUAAAAGAGAGUCUUGUUCAGUCUGUUUGUACCAGUUCCCUAUUUGAUAGGUUGCUUGCUAUAUCCCAAUAAAACAUUGCUUAUGUUUGGA